UCCUUAACUCGGUAAUUUAAGAUAUUCAAGAAUAAAUAUAUUUAGGCUGUGAAUAUAUUGCAGUUUAAAGUGAUACCUAAUAUCUAAUAGUUUUGUAAAUAGGUAACUAUAUAAAAAUACAUAAUUUUUCAAUUCUGCAUAAAAAAUCGUUUUAUUUUAACAAUACUAAAAUUUAACAAAGUGUGGAACAAUGGAAUAAAGCAUAGUGGUAGAAAAGGGAAAAGGACAAAAUCAGGCAAAUUCAUAUAAAAGUUGAAAAUAUUUUGACCAGGAUUUUUUGAAUGGGAGAUGGAUGGGUCUUGUACUCUGGGAUUCCAUUAGAUAUAGCGAUUUACUCAAUAGCAAAAGUAAGAAGGACCGGGAACCAAGACGGUUGGAACACGAGAUGAGGUCAACAGGUGGUUUACAUUCUGGAGAAUUGUAGCUCAAAUUGGCACUGUUUAGACUAAAUGUCACAAAUCCAUCGCUUGCCAAUACGAAAAAGUUGGCGAAAAUCCAAGCAUCAGGUCCUCAAUGUCUGGUAAAUCUCACCCGGUGAAAGACCAGGUCUAAAAUAGCAAUAUUAAAAAUCAAAUGUUGGCAGUGCACACAUUCAUAAAUAAAAAGUGAUGACAGCCGAGUGAAUUGCUGUGAAGUGGUGUGCUUAAGUUGAGAAGAAAAAAAAACCGUUACGAAAAGACCAUAAAAAUGAGCUCAAUAAAAAAGAGAACUAAUGUGAAGCUUGCAAAACUUUUUUACAAGUAUGCAGAUGAAAUAAGUCCGAAUGUCGAGGUCAAGGAAGAAACCAAAAAGCCUGUACAGAAUGAAGAAGCAGUCUACCCGCCGUACAACUUUUCUUGGCUAAUCGAAAACAAAAUAGCGGGAAUGGGCUGUCCACAAACCGCAGCCAACUUGAAUUAUUUGGCAGAUGUAGGAAUUAAUCACCUAAUCACACUGUCAGCUGAAAAGAUUCCACCGAUCUUGGAAUGCAGUAGGAAAUUGAAGUGGACGGAGAUACGAAUCAAAGAGUCUGCCGCCCCGACCUUGAGACAAAUAAUAAAAUUCAUUGAAAUUUGUGAACGAGCGGAGAUUAAUGGCGAGAUCAUAGGAGUCCACUGUCGGCACGGGCGCGGUCGCACGGGAGCCAUGCUGGCAUGUUACCUCGUCAAGUUCAAAAACAUGGCGCCGGAGCGAGCUGUGUUGACAGUGCGAGUGCAGAGACCAGGAUCAUGCGAAACCUUCGACCAACAAAAGAUUGUCUGCCAUUACCACGACUGCCUCAAAGGUACAAUCACUAGAACUGACUACAGGUUGGUCGAUGACAAGUCAUACUUUGAUUUAUCUAUGAAAGACAAAUACCCUGAUGAAGAAAAACAGGCCAAAGAGGAAUCUGAUAUUAUAGAGACAUUAACUAAAAAAAUUGAUCCAAAGAAGUUAGAGGAGCUGAUAAGAAAAGAAGAACUGGAAGAGAGGCGUACAAGAACGAAAGCCAUGAUCAUACAUCAUAAGAUAUACUUCUAAGUUUAUUUAUAACUAGCUGACGCCGCGCGGUUUCACUCGCGUGGUUUCCGUUCCCGUAGAAAUACGAGGAUAAUAUAUAGCCUUGCUCGAUAAAUGGGCUAUCUAACCCUGAAAGAAUUUUUCAAAUCAGACCAAUAAUUCCUGAGAUUAGCGCGUUCAAUCAAACAAACAAACUCUUCAGCUUUAUAAUAUUAGUAUAGAUAUAUAAUAUUUACUAAACAAUAUACUACUCGAAUUUUGCUUCAUAUGUAAAAAUAUGUCAUUAUUUAGUUAAUAUUUGUUAAUUUUAUUAUUAAAUAUGAUUUACUUAAUAUGAUCAUUGACUUUGUUAUUAAAUAAAGAUUAAGUUAUUUAA